AUGUCGACCCAGCGAGCCGUCGCAAAGGUCGUUCGUGCCAUCGAACAGGCCGAAGGAGCUGGAGCCCGCGUCAGACGAUCAAUCGGCACAAGACAGCAGCGAAACUUUAGCCCCUUCCUGAUGCUCGAUCACUUUGCCACAACCGCUGGCUUUCCCGACCACCCCCAUCGCGGCCAGGAAACCAUCACAUACCUCCUCAAAGGCGUCGUCGACCACGAAGACUUCGCCGGCAACAGCGGCACCCUCUACGAGGGCGACCUCCAAUUCAUGACCGCCGGCCGCGGCAUCGUCCACGCCGAAAUGCCCCGCAAGCAGCCCGACGGCAGCCAAAACGUCGGCCUCCAGCUCUGGGUCGACCUGCCCAAGAAGCUCAAGUACUGCGAGCCCCGCUACCGCGACCUGCGCGCCGCCGAGAUCCCCACCGUCGACGUCGACGAGGGGCGCGUCACCGUGAAAGUCAUCUCGGGCCAGAGUCACGGCGUCGACUCCGUCAAGGAGCUGGCCUACACCCCCGUGUGGCUGCUCGACUUCCAGCUGCGGCCCGGCGCAAAGGUCACCCAGGCUCUUCCCCAGGGGUGGAACGCCUUCGCCUACGUUCUUGAAGGCGACGUUACUGUCGGCGAGGGAGCCGAGGCCAAGAGGGCCGAGCAAUAUGACAACGUCUUCUUCAAACAGGAGGGCGAUGUGAUCCACCUGUCCACCGAGGCCAGCGCCACAAAGGACGCUCGAGUCUUCGUCAUUGCGGGCACUCCUCUUGACCAGCCUGUUGUACAAUACGGCCCCUUUGUCCUCAACUCGGAGGAGGAAGUCAUGCAAACAUUUGCUGACUAUCAGACCCAUGAGAAUGGAUUUGAACGUGCCAAGAGCUGGAGGAGCCAGAUUGGUGAUCGUGUAUACUAG